CUUCUCUUCUUCUUCUCCAGAGUAUCUUCGCUCAUAGCCCCUUGAGAGAUCACACUGGGACAGCCUGUAAGAUAGUGGACCAGAACAUCUUCCGGUCAAAGCCAGGAUCAAGGAGAUGUAAAAUAAGAGACUGGGUACUCAUAGAUAGACACUAAGACACAGAAAAUAAACAGCAUUCACAGCUGGAGAUGUGACAUCAGUACCUUAGUGGGACAAGAAAAGAGGAGAAUAAAAGAAAUGAAUGCAGACUCUGCGAUAUUUUGCUCUCCCAAGCCAGCAACAGCAGUACAUUGUGAGGAUGUGACUCUGCAGUGCCACCUUGAUCCCCCUCAAGAUGCGACUAAUAUGAUGGUGGAGUGGCGUCAUGGACACAAUAAUGACAUUGUGCACCUGUAUCGAGACAGAAAAGACAAUCCUGCUGAGCAGAAGGAGCCCUUUGAAGGGCGAACUUCUCUCUUUCGUGAGGGGGCUGACCAAAGGAAACCUGUCACUGAAACUCUCCACUGUAGCCCUCUCUGAUGCUGGAAGAUACAGAUGUUCCAUUCACACUGACAAACUGCAGAAGAGUUGUUAUGUUAACCUCACUGUUGGAGAGUCUAAAGUGAUUGGCUCACAUGACCCAGUUACAGUAAGAGUCGGUUAUGACGUCAUCCUGCCAUGUCACCUGGAACCUCCAUUCGACGUGAGGACUCUAACAGUGAAGUGGACACGAAAUAAAACAGUUGUGCACGUCAGUCGACAUGGGAAGGACUAUCUAAAUGAUCAGGAUGAGAACUUCAGAAAUAGAACAUCUCUCUUCCAUGAAGAAAUGACCAAUGGAAACAUUUCACUAAAGCUGACCAAAGUAACUGAACUGGAUGCUGGAAGUUACACCUGCAAUGUUCCCUGUCUGCAAAGUCAGGUCAGGAGAGGCUUCAUUAACCUCACUAUUGAGCCAGCGGACCAGACAGAAACCAAACAAAAAAAAAAGUCAGGGGAUGCUGGUGGUGGCACUGAUUUUAGCACUGGUGCUAUAAUUGGCAUUGUUUUUUCUGUCAUUACUGUCACUGCCAUUGUUGCAUUGGCUGUAUUGAUGAACUGUAUAAAGAGCACAGGACAAGAGAGAGAAUAUCCUCCAGCACAGAGGGACAAUGAUGCGGUCACUAUACCUAUGCUCAACAUAAAUACCACGACGGACUGUUCAAGACCAAACACUACAGGACACAACGGGCAGAACAGGGAAGGUAGUCAGGAGGACAAUGCUGAAGACAAUAAUGAGGACAGUGCUGAAGACAAUGCUGAAGACAAUAAUGAGGACAGUGCUGAAGAAAAUGCUGAGGACAAUAAUGAGGACAGUGCAGAGCAUUAGACUCAAACUCAUUAGAUAAACAUUACGUAUCACGUGUCUGUAAAAAGUAAAAAAAUUGAGUUUUUUAAUUAUUUUAUAAUAACUUUGUAACUUAUAAUUACAUCUGUACUUUCUUCUCCUUUAGUUUUAAUGGAUUUAAAAGGAACUAUUGAUUAUUAUUAUUUGCAUCAUUGGAUAUCUUCCCAACAUCAAGACCAAACAAAGGAGAGAGGGAGACUUUGCACUGAAACAAUCAGUAGAAAUCCUUCAGAGUACUUUUAUACUGUGAGUCCAUUUUAGAGCCUGUACUUAUUAGUUGAGUGAACUAAUGAAUUAGUACUUUUUGUGUUUUUUAUCUGUAUGAAUAAAGAAUUGUUUACUUUUGCUGAAUGAGGGUCACUACAGAGCAGAGUUAUGUGUAAUGUUUGAAGAAACAUUUGAGCAAAUACAGACAAGUUCCACCAUUUUAUCCAGAACUUCUUUCUAUGUGAAUGUUGAUUGUGUAAUAUUCUUGAUUGAAAUGCAGCUGCAGGGAAUUGUUCAGAAGUUCUUCCUGAUGUGUUGAUUGUAUAAACCACUGCAGGGACAGAGUUGAUGUCUCAGGACCUUGUUUUAACUAGAAUGAGUCUUAUCUGUCUAAUUGAACCUUCUCAGUGUCAGUUUCCAGCUCCCUCUAGUGACUUGUUACUGUAUAGGAUUCAUUGACUAGAGGGGGAAAUAAAAAGCACUUAAUGACUGUUAUUAUUUUAAGGUGACUAUAUAUAUAUUUCUAUAUUUGGGUUUUAUAUAUAUAUAUAUAUGCAUAUAUAUGUAUUUUUUAUGACUGUGCUGCUUUUUUCUGUGUUUUGCUUUAUGUUAUCUUGUAAUACUGCACCGGGGAAAGAAUCACAUUGUACUACUACUAGAAUUAAUGUUGUAUAAAGUAUAUUGUUCUUGUUGUUCACAUUGGACACUAGGAGGCUGAAACUGUAAUUGUUAAUAAAAAGAUGUUUAACUUGUA